GAGUGUAAGUAUAUAUUCUGCUGCGGUUCUUCGCAAUCAUCAGUCAAGCUUCACCAGUUUCAGCGAAAUCAACACUCUUCAAAGCUUUCCAUAAUGAUUAAGAUCAUCGCCCUGCUUGCCUGUCUGGCUAUCGUCGUUGUUGUUGCUGAAGAACAUCACUCUCAUCCGAAGUACAAGUUCGAGUAUGGAGUGAAGGAUGAACACACCCACGAUCACAAAAGCCAAUGGGAACACCGCGACGGAGAUGUCGUGAAGGGACAAUACACUGUGGAUGAAGCUGAUGGAACCCAUCGGGUAGUGGACUACAGUUCGGAUCAUAAGGGAGGCUUCCAGGCUCAUGUUCAACGCAGUGGACAUGCUCACCACCCACAUGGCGAGAGCUACGCCAACAUUGAUCAACACCAUUAAGCACUGACACGGAAAACUGAUUAAAAAGUACAAUGAUACCAAUUA